AUGAUUCUAACUAUUGCUCCAAAAUCGUGGAACAGGCUUGAUAAAGAGUUUGGAACAUCCAGAAGGCAGGCAAAAAAUGCAAAAGAGUUGGUGAAAAAAUACGGCAUAAUGUCUACGCACAAUCCUCGUGAAGGACGAAAGAUGGAGCCUAAAACUGAAACACUGGUAAACGACUUUUAUCUUAGAGAAGAUAACAGCCGGGUAAUGCCUGGUAAAAAAGAUUUUGUAUCCAUUAAAAAGGACGAUGGACAAAGGGAACAUUUGCAAAAACAAUUAAUUAUUUGUGAUGUAAAAGAACUUUUAAACAGAAAUAUUCAUAUGUGA